AUGAAACAAUUAAUAAACGCAACACCAGAAGAUAUGGAGAUCGAUUGGCAAGAGUUUAAGCUUGAGUUUCGGACCGACAAAACAUUGAAAAUAAUGCGAGACUACGACGAGUCAAAGCGCCGGCAGAUAUUCNGACUUGAGUUUCGGACCGACAAAACAUUGAAAAUAAUGCGAGACUACGACGAGUCAAAGCGCCGGCAGAUAUUCGCCGACAAUUACCGCCGGAUUCGCGACCACAACAAAGAGGCCGAUAAAGGCGUUCACACCUAUCAGUUGGAUGUCAAUCAGUUCACAGACAUGACUCAACACGAGUUUACUAAUGGAUUUUGUGGAUUGGCACCAAUUAGGCUCAUGAAUUAA